AUGUCUUUCUUGCAUACGCUCAUCGUGCUACUAUUUGUGCCUCUCAUCAUGGGUCAAGGGCAGCAUUCCUGGGAAGGCUUCGUGGAGAACGAGGGUGUUUGUACCCAUUACCGUGCGACUGGUUCAGGUCCACUGCUAUUCCUACUGCACGGCUUUCCCGACAAUUCGGAUACGUUCUACAACCAUGUCCCAGAACUGGCCAAGCAGUACACCGUUGUCACGCCGUCUCGACGCGGCUUUCCACCCAGCGGUGUUCCAGACAAGGAUGAAGACUAUCAGCUAGCAAAAGUCGUGUCAGACAUUGUGACGCUCAUCAAGACCCCCGGAGGCCGCAAAGUGCUCCUCGGCGGUCAUGACUUUGGCGGAGCGAUGGCACAGUUGUUGGCAUACUCCAUGCCGCACAUGGUCAAGGGCCUGAUUCUGAUGAACCCACCCGUCAUCCCAAGACUCCAAUAUUUGGUGAGCUUCGACCCCGAGCAGCAAAAGGCAUCCAAGUACACCAUCCACUUGAUGCAGUACAAGAUCGGUGACGACAAGGAAGUGGCAGAAAAGGCUGCGCCCAUCAGGGAUCCUGCUCGUCGCAAGGAGAUUGAAGACUAUCUUACGGCAUCUCCUAUCAACGGCAUGAUGGCCUACUACAAGGAGAAUUACCCAGCGCCACCAUACGGGCAAACUUCUCCUUUGCAGAACCUAACCAUUCCGGUCCCCACGCUGCUGAUCUGGGGUGUUGAAGAUACAUACUUCAUUCCAAAGUUCGUCGAUGGUAUUCCGGGAAUCUUUCCAAAUUCGACGAGAUUGGUCACGCUGCCACAUGCUGGACAUUGGGCUUUCCAGGAUGAGCCUAAGAAAGUGAAUCGCGAGAUCAUGUCGUGGCUGGAGGAGCAGAAGUAUGAGGGAAAUUACGGAGUAGGUGUUGUCUUGUGUUGA